AUGGUUUUACAAAAUACUGGGAGGUUUAGAGCGGAUAAAGGUGAAAACAAAAAAGACGCUGGUUCGUCUUCCCUCCCUAGAGAAGAAUCUUCAGAGUCACGAAUUCGUGUUGCCGUAGAAAAUGAUAGAAUUGACUCAAAAUAUGGAUUUGAAAGAGUGCGUGAUAAUAAGGAACGUACAGGCUACCUUAUUAACAUGCAUACUGCCGAGAUAUUGGAUGAAGAUAAAAGACUUGUGGCUGCAAUGGAUUACUAUUUCAUUGAAAUGGAUGGCUCCAGGUUUAAGGUUUCUCUUAUGUUCCAACCUUACUUCCUCAUCUUGUCAAGAAAAGAAUGCGAACAAGAAGUUAUUCAGUAUUUAUCAAAAAAGUAUGCAGGGACAAUUCAUAAAAUAGACAUUGUGGAGAAGGAAGAUUUAGAUUUGCUUAAUCAUUUGUCGGGGCUGAAGCAGCGUUAUAUAAAAUUAUCAUUUAUGUCACAAAAUGAAAUGAUGAAGGUAAGAAGGGAGAUUUUGACAGCUGUUAAGAAAAACAAGGAGAGAGAGAAGAAAGAUGCGAUUUAUUCUGAAAUGUUGACAAAUGCUCUGACCAGUGCGGCUGCUAUAGAACACGCUAAAAAGACAACUGACCACAUGGAGAACAUAAUCGAUAUCAGGGAACAUGACGUGCCUUACCACGUAAGAGUGUCAAUAGACAUGAAGAUAUUUUGUGGCACUUGGUACACGGUGAAAAGCCGAGGUACCGAGACGCCGAUAUUCACAAAAAGGGACGAUAUAAUCGAGAGGCCCGACCCCAUCGUUUUGGCGUUCGACAUAGAGACAACGAAACUUCCCCUUAAGUUCCCCGACGCGCAGACGGACCAGAUAAUGAUGAUAUCGUACAUGAUCGACGGACAGGGCUAUUUAAUCACAAACAGAGAAAUAAUUUCUACUGAUGUUGAGGAUUUUGAAUACACACCAAAGCCAGAGUUUGAAGGGCAAUUCAUAAUAUUCAAUGAGGCAAAUGAACUGGCCUUAAUACAGAAAUUUUUCGACCAUAUUAUGGAUAUAAAGCCGCACAUCUUUGUUACAUACAACGGCGACUUCUUCGAUUGGCCGUUCGUGGAGGCGCGCGCGGCCACUGUAGGGCUGGACAUGAAGCAGGAGAUAGGCUUCAGUAAGGUCACUGCUCGAGACGGCACCUACGCCUGUCGGCCUGCCAUGCACAUGGACUGCUUGUGUUGGGUUAAACGGGACUCAUAUCUGCCAGUGGGCUCGCAGGGAUUGAAGGCGGUGGCGAAGGCGAAGCUGAGAUACGACCCCGUCGAGUUGGACCCCGAGGACAUGUGCAGGAUGGCGGCAGAGCAACCGCAGGUGCUGUCCAACUACUCUGUGUCCGACGCCGUGGCAACCUACUAUUUGUACAUGAAGUAUGUCCAUCCGUUCAUUUUCGCGCUCUGCACCAUCAUUCCAUUGGAGCCAGACGAGGUCCUCCGCAAGGGGUCGGGCACGCUGUGCGAGUCGCUGCUCAUGGUGGAGGCGUUCCACGCGAACAUCGUCUUCCCCAACAAGCAGGUGGAGGAGCUGAACAAGCUGACGGCGGACGGCCAUGUGCUGGAGUCGGAGACCUACGUCGGCGGACACGUGGAGGCCUUAGAGUCUGGCGUAUUUCGUGCGGACAUCAAAUGCAAGUUCCGUAUCGUGCCUUCCGCCGUUGACAAACUCAUAGAGACGACCGAAAAGACAAUGAAGCACGCCAUAGAAGUCGAAGAGGGCAUCCCUUUGGAGCUGGUGACCAACUUUGACGAGGUCUGCGCCGAGAUCAAGUCCAAGCUGCAGCACAUGAAGGACCAUCCUCGGAGGGACGAGAACCCGCUCAUUUACCAUUUGGAUGUCGGCGCUAUGUACCCGAACAUUAUAUUAACUAACAGGCUGCAGCCGUCGGCCAUGGUGAGCGCGGGCGAGUGCGCUGUGUGCGACUUCAACCGGCCGGGGGCCGAGUGCCAGCGGCGCAUGGACUGGAUGUGGCGCGGGGAGUACCUGCCAGCGACAAGGAGCGAGUAUCAACGUAUACAGCAGCAAUUGGAGACUGAAAAGUUUCCACCUCUGCAUCCCGGUGGUCCUCAGAGAGCCUUCCACUCCCUGCCCAAGGAAGACCAGGCGGCGUACGAAAAAAAACGUCUAGCGGAUUAUUGCAAGGUUGCGUACAAAAAAACGAAGGUGACUAGAACCGAGGUCAGAACUACGACCGUUUGCCAAAAGGAGAACUCUUUCUACGUCGAUACCGUACGAGCGUUCAGGGACCGCCGCUACGAGUACAAGGCGCUGAACAAGCAGGCCAAGGCGGCGGUGGCGGCCGCGCUCAAGGGCGGUGACGCGGCCGACGUCAAGAGCGCCAAGAGCCGCGAGGUGCUCUACGACUCGCUGCAGCUCGCGCACAAGUGCAUCCUCAACUCCUUCUACGGCUACGUCAUGCGGCGCGGAGCUCGCUGGCACAGCAUGGAGAUGGCAGGCAUCGUGUGCUACACGGGCGCAAACAUCAUUAUGCGAGCGCGCGAGAUAAUCGAACAGGUCGGCCGACCGCUCGAGCUUGACACGGACGGUAUUUGGUGCGUUUUGCCGUCUUCCUUCCCCGAGAACGUUACAAUCACGACUACGCAUCAGAAGAAAAAGAAAAUCAACGUGUCAUAUCCGAACGCCGUCCUCAACGCUAUGGUUAAGGACUACUUCACGAACGACCAGUACUACGAAUUGAAGGACCCCCAGACUAAGACAUACGAGCAGCGCGCCGAGAACUCCAUUUUCUUCGAAGUGGACGGGCCCUACCUGGCGAUGGUGCUGCCCGCCUCCAAGGAGGAGGGGAAGAAGCUGAAGAAGCGUUAUGCGGUCUUCAACUUCGACGGGUCCUUGGCUGAAUUGAAAGGUUUCGAAGUGAAACGGCGCGGCGAGCUGCAGCUAAUAAAGAUCUUCCAGUCGUCGGUGUUCGAGGCCUUCCUGAAGGGGAACGACCUGAAGUCGUGCUACGGCGCGGUGGCCAAAGUGGCCGACUACUGGCUGGACGUGCUCUACAGCAAGGGCUCCAACAUGCCCGACUCGGAGCUGUUCGAGCUGAUAUCGGAGAACCGCUCCAUGUCGAAGAAGCUCGAGGAUUACGGCGGCCAGAAGUCCACCUCCAUAUCGACCGCUAAGCGGCUCGCCGAGUUCCUCGGCGAUCAGAUGGUCAAGGACGCCGGCUUGGCUUGCAGGUUCAUAAUCUCGCGCAAGCCGGAGGGCGCGCCGGUGACGGAGCGCGCCGUGCCGCUGGCCAUCUUCCAGUCGCCGGCCGCCGUGAGGCGCCACCACCUGCGCCGCUGGCUCAAGGACUCCAGCCUCAGCGAGCACGUGGACAUCCGCGACGUGCUCGACUGGCCCUACUACAUCGAGCGGCUCAGCGGCGCCAUCCAGAAGAUCAUCACCAUACCGGCGGCCAUGCAGGGGUUGGAUAACCCGGUGCCAAGGGUACAGUAUCCGGAUUGGUUGCAUAAGAAGAUGCUAGCGAAGACGGACAAGUACAAAACGAGAAAAAUCACUGAAAUGUUCAGCGCGAAACCAAAGGCGUCCCUCGAAGAUGACAACGAGGCGGGCCCAAGCAAAGACACUUCGAUUGCCAAUGAAGUAGACAUAGAAGACAUCGGAAAGAACAUAACAGAGAAAAGCCCGAUCAGACCGAUAGUGCACACGAUAAAGAGGAAGCGGGAGGAGUCUCCGACCAAAGAAUUCGCCACUUGGAGGGAGGCCUUGGGGCCGCCGCCGCCUUUCGGAAACACUAAGGAAGAACGCAUCGCCUGGAUUGUCUUCCAAAAGAAGAAAUGGAACUGGCAAAUGGAACAAAGGGGUUACAGAAGUCGUACCAAACGUGGUAAAAUAGACAAGUCUGCACCAGUUAUCCCGAAAAGCACAGGGCCUAUGAACACGCUGGGUGGCUUCAUAAGGCGAGCUCAGCGAACAUUGCUGAACACUCCAUGGCAAAUCAUCCAGGCGGCGGAGACGUCGGAGCCGGGGCUGUUCCGGCUGUGGGCGCUGGCGGGCGGCGAGCUGCACCAGGUGCGGCUGCGCGUCGAGCGCGUGUUCUACGUGAACCAGCGCGUGGCGCGGCGCGACGAGCGCGGCCCGCACUGGCGCCGCUGCGUGCGCCUGCUGCCCAGGGCGCGCCCCGCGCCCCACCUCUACCGCUACUCCGUGCCCGAGCGGCUCUACCGCGACCACCACGAAGAAUUAAUGGGAGAACUGUCCGCUCCGGAGAUUGAGGGAAUUUACGAAACCCAGAUGAGUCUUGAAUUCCGAGUACUCGUCACGCUGGGCUGUAUCUGCGUAGUGGAUCCGCAAGAGGCGAAAAAGUUAAUUCAAAUGGGUUCGAACAAUGUGGAUACUUUCAAUUUGAGCCAGCUUCAAUUUAAAAGCGUCGCUCAUCAACCGUAUUUGGCAAAACAGGGUGGAGUCUCACCUGUAAAGCAUAUAUUCUUCUAUCAACACUCGGCUUUGAACUCAAACCGCAGCAUGUGGUCUUUGAUAAUGGGUCCCACUAAGAAGGCAUAUAUAUUCGUGCUGGACACUGUAAAGACCAAUCAGGUGCCUAAUAUGAACACACUGUUUACUGCUGAACGGGCGGCAAAGAUGAAACUGGGCACGGCGGAGAGCGAGCUGCCCGACGCGGAGCUGACGUGGGAGGUGCAGGUGGAGAGCGAGGCGCGCGCGGUGUGGCGCGGCGUGGGGCGAGCGCUGCAGCGCUACCGCGACGAGCGCUGCGGCGCCACACUGGUCGCCAUGCAGACGGCGCUCUCGCCGGCGGCGCUGCUCGCACUCGUGCCCGGUCUUUCCGAGUUUCCACUGGUACCGCUUCACGUUCGGGACGUCGAAACUCUAUACAGCACAUUGGAAUGGCAGCGAAUAGGUGCUCGAGCCAUCGUGCGUCACUACCUGAAUUUAGACUCAGUAUUGAAUCUCACCAUUGAACAAUGCAGGUAUUUCCACGUCCCCCUGGGCAACAUGCCGUCGGACCCCACUCUCUUCGGAGCCGAUCUGUUCUACGCACGCCAUUUGAUCAAGAACAACUUCGUUCUGUGGUGCUCGAACUUAGAGAGGCCAGAUUUAGGCGGUCGGGAGAUCGAUGAUAAUAGGCUGGCGGGCGAGGCGGAGGCGGAGGAGGCGGGCGGGUGCGCGCACGGCGCGAGCGGCGCGUACGGCGCGUGCGUGCAGCUGGAGCUGGACGCGCUCGGCGUGUGCGCGCUGCUGCAGGCGCACCACGUGCUGCAGCUGGAGGGCACCAGCGCGGCCGCCCCCUUCGGCGCGCACCACUCCAUACAGGACGCCGUCGCCUCCGGUGCUAACCCGACCGUGAACUACGACGAGACGGCGCAGUGCAGCGCUGCCUUUAAAAUCCUGCGGACAAUGAUAGCGUCCUGGCUGCGCGACGUCACACUCUACAAGAACGUCUUUGCCGAUUACCAGAUAUCACACUUCUAUAGGUGGUUGAAGACGCCGACGGCUCUAUUAUACGACCCCGCCCUGCGCCGCACCCUCUACAAUCUCAUGAAGAAGCUAUUCCUCAUGCUGGUCGCCGAGUUCAAGCGGCUGGGCUCCACCAUAGUCUACGCGGACUUCAACAAGAUACUGCUCUACACCAAGAAAAACACCGUCAUGGACGCCAUUGGCUAUGUGGAGUUUGUGGUGCAGAGCAUCAGAAACAAGGAAUUGUUCCACGGUAUCGACAUCCGCUAUAAGCAGUGCUGGUCGUACCUGCUGUGGCUGGACGAAGCAAACUACGCAGGAAUACAGGGUAAACUACCUCAAGGUCUAGUGGAAGUGGGCUCCUCUCAAGUGCCUGCUGCUAGCGAACAGGAGGCUGAAGAUGACGGUGCCGUGACUAUGCAAUGGAACUUGGCUCAAUUUCUGCCCCGAGCGGUCCGCGAUCAGUUCUCGGCCGCAGUGGCGGGCUUCCUCAGCGCAGCCUACUCAGAGCCGGACAGGCUACCGGCGCUGGUGGCAGGCGAGAUCUCGCAGAAACUCUUCCAGGUAACGGAGAAGAUAAACAGCCGGAUGCCCACAUUGCGGGAGUCGGACAUCGAGCCGCAGCCGGGGCUCCGAGCAGACGCGUUCGGCGCCGACGCCACGCCCGCGCUGCUCUUCGUCAACGCGGUGUGCAAGGUGCUCUCACUGGACGCAGCGCUGGAGGAACAGGUGACGCUGCUGCGGCGCAACCUGCUGCGGCUGAUCGGCGUGGGCGAGUUCAGCGGCGCGGCGCAGUGGCGCGAGCCGUGCGCCUCGUGCGCGCUGCCCGAGCUCAUCUGCAACGUGUGCAACGCGUGCCGCGACCUCGACCUGUGCCGCGACACGCACCGCGACACGAUCAACGACACACCAGUAUGCUUGUGUCCUACUUGUGGAACCCCAUACGACAAUCAAGAGUUGGAAUGGCGGCUCAUUGAGAUAAUGAACAGGCGAGCAAUGACUUACACACUGCAAGAUCUUAUUUGUAUCAGAUGCAACCAGGUUAAAAGGGAAAAUCUAGCGGUUGUAUGUGAUUGUGCGGGCGAUUAUGCUCUUAUGGUUUCAAACAAAGAAAUUCACACACAGCUUAUAACAUUUAAGACAAUUGCAGAAUACUACAAGAUGCCAUUGUUAUUAGAAGUAAUUGAAUUUAAUAUGAGUAAUAUG